AUGGCGCCUACCUCGCCAAAAGACAAACCGAACGAGACCGAUCAAUCGUCAAUUGAAAAGGAAGAUGAUCGCCCAGCUAACAUCAGCAAAGACAAAGCGAAGCAGCUCGCGGAGCAAAUGAACCAAAAGGCCGAAGAGCUCUUCAGUUUUAUCGACGCGCAGCUCCAGAACGUGGUCUGGCUGCAGCUCGGAGAAGCUCCCAACGAUGACUUUUCCUACAGUUCCAUGGAAGGCGACAGGGAGGAGGAGGACAACGACGACGAUGCUUCGCCCAGAGCGGAAGGCAGCAACACCGCUGCCUCGUCAAGUGCGGAAGGAAGUAACAAUGAGGGGGGCGGCAACAAAGACGCUUCGUCCGAUGAGGAGGACAAUAAAGAGGACGUCUCGUCUGGUGAAGGCGACAACGACGAUGCCACGUUUAGCGACGAGGAGAACAGCGACGAUGCCUGGUUCGGCGACCUCAGGAAAUGA